CAUCUGCCGUCUGCCGCAAUGGCCUCUGUCCUUCACUUUUAUGUCCGUCCCUCUGGCCACGAGGCAGCAGCAUCUGGAUGUGCUCUUCGGAAACUACAAGAGAAACUGCCAAAGCUUCAGAGUGUGGAGACUGAGCUGUGUUACAACGUGCACUGGACAGCGGAGACCCUUCCAGGAGCUGACGAGAUGAAGAAGCUGAAGUGGCUAUUUGGCUGCCCAUUGCUGCUGGAUGAUGUUGCUCAGGAGUCCUGGCUUGUUCCUGGCUGCAAUGACUUGUUGCUGGAGGUGGGGCCCAGGCUGAAUUUCUCUACUCCAGCAUCCAGCAAUAUCGUUUCUGUGUGCCAGGCUGCUGGACUGAGAGCUGUGGAUCGGGUAGAGACCACCCGGCGCUACCGGCUUUCGUUUGGCCACAACCCUACGCCUGAGAUGAAGGUCAUUUCUCUAGCUGCCUUGCAUGACCGGAUGACAGAACAGUACUACCCUGACCCCAUUCAGAGCUUCUCCCCUCAAAGCAUCCCAGCCCCACCCAGUGGCUCCAUCGACAUAUUAGCUGAGGGUCGGCUUGCCCUGGAGAAAGCCAACCAGGAGCUAGGUCUGGCCUUUGACUCCUGGGACCUGGAUUUCUAUACUAAGCGCUUUCAAGAACUGAAGCGGAACCCCAGUACAGUGGAGGCCUUUGACUUGGCUCAGUCCAAUAGUGAGCACAGCCGACAUUGGUUCUUCAAGGGCCAGCUCCAUGUGGACGGGAAGAAGCUAGUACAUUCCCUGUUUGAAUCCAUCAUGAGCACUCAGGCAUGCUCAAACCCCAACAAUGUCCUCAAGUUCUGUGACAACAGCAGUGCAAUCCAGGGGAAGGAAGUCCGAUUCUUACAGCCUGAGGACCCUACACAACCAAGCUGCUUCCGGCAACAACAGGGGCUUAGACAUGUUGUCUUCACAGCAGAGACACAUAACUUCCCCACAGGAGUGGCCCCCUUCAGUGGUGCAACUACAGGAACAGGUGGCCGCAUCAGAGAUGUCCAGUGCACAGGUCGUGGGGCCCAUGUGGUAGCUGGCACUGCUGGCUAUUGCUUUGGAAACCUGCACAUCCCAGGUUAUAAUCUGCCGUGGGAGGAUCCAAGCUUCCAGUAUCCUGGGAACUUUGCCAGACCUUUAGAAGUUGCUAUUGAAGCCAGCAAUGGAGCAUCUGACUAUGGCAACAAGUUUGGAGAACCUGUGCUGGCUGGGUUUGCCCGAUCUUUGGGUCUGCAGCUUCCAGGUGGUAAGCGGCGGGAGUGGAUCAAGCCCAUCAUGUUUAGUGGGGGCAUUGGGUCCAUAGAAGCCAAGCAUGUGGGCAAAGAACCCCCGGAGCCAGGCAUGGAGGUUGUAAAGGUUGGGGGCCCCGUCUACAGGAUCGGAGUUGGAGGCGGAGCGGCUUCAUCUGUGCAGGUUCAGGGAGACAACACCAGUGACCUGGACUUUGGAGCUGUGCAACGGGGAGAUCCAGAAAUGGAGCAGAAGAUGAAUCGUGUAAUCCGGGCUUGUGUGGAAGCCCCAAGAGGAAACCCCAUCUGCAGCCUCCAUGACCAGGGUGCUGGUGGCAAUGGCAAUGUCCUAAAGGAGCUGAGUGACCCAGCAGGAGCCAUCAUUUAUACCAGCCGCUUCCAGCUGGGUGACCCAACCUUGAAUGCACUGGAAAUCUGGGGAGCUGAGUACCAGGAGUCAAAUGCACUGCUGCUGAGGCCCUCUGACAAGGACUUCCUGAAUCGUGUCAGUGCUCGGGAACGCUGCCCAGUUUGUUUUGUGGGCACAAUCACUGGAGACAAGAGAAUCACACUUGUGGAUGAUCGAGAGUGUCCUGUGGGGAAAAGUGGCCAGGGAGAUGCCUCCCUGACACCUUCUCCAACCCCUGUGGACCUGGAGCUUGACUGGGUUCUGGGAAAGAUGCCUCAAAAGGAGUUCUUCCUCCAGAGGGAACCCCCUGUGCUGCAGCCUCUAGUCUUGCCCCCGGAGCUGAGUGUGCGCCAGGCUCUGGCUCGAGUUCUAAGGCUGCCUGCUGUGGCCAGCAAGCGCUACCUCACCAACAAGGUGGAUCGCUCUGUGAGUGGCCUUGUGGCCCAACAGCAAUGUGUCGGGCCCCUGCAAACUCCUCUGGCUGAUGUGGCUGUUGUGGCGCUGAGCCACCAGGACCUCAUAGGGGCCGCCACAGCCUUGGGAGAGCAGCCAGUCAAGAGCCUGCUGGAUCCCAAGGUUGCUGCCAGGCUAGCUGUGUCUGAAGCCCUCACCAACCUGGUGUUUGCUCUGGUGACUGAUCUCCGAGAUGUUAAGUGCAGUGGGAACUGGAUGUGGGCAGCCAAGCUCCCGGGUGAGGGUGCAGCUCUGGCUGACGCCUGUGAGGCUAUGGUGACAGUGAUGGCAGCACUGGGCGUGGCAGUAGAUGGUGGCAAGGAUUCCCUCAGCAUGGCUGCCCGGGUUGGCACUGAGACGGUGCGGGCUCCUGGGUCCCUGGUCAUUUCAGCAUAUGCUGUCUGUCCAGACAUCACAGCCACUGUGACCCCAGACCUCAAGCAUCCUGGAGGGAAAGGUCAUCUGCUCUAUGUACCUCUGAGCCCUGGGCAGCACCGGCUGGGAGGCACAGCUCUGGCCCAGUGUUUCUCUCAGCUUGGGGAACACCCUCCUGACCUGGACCUUCCUGAGAACCUCGUGCGUGCCUUCUGUAUCACCCAGGGGCUGCUGAAAGACCGCCAUCUUUGCUCAGGCCAUGAUGUCAGCGAUGGAGGACUUGUCACCUGCCUGCUAGAGAUGGCCUUUGCUGGGAAUUGUGGGAUAGAGGUGGAUGUGCCUGCCCCUGGGAUUGAUGCGCUGCCUGUGCUGUUUGCGGAGGAGCCAGGUCUGGUGUUGGAGGUACAGGAGGCAGAUGUAGCCGGAGUAUUGCUGCGGUACCAGGGUGCUGGCCUACAAUGUCUGGAACUGGGCCACACAGGCGAGGCUGGACCCCAGGCCAUGGUCCGAGUGUCAGUGAAUGGGGCUGUAGUUGUAGAGGAGCCUGUUGGGCAGUUGAGAGCCCUCUGGGAAGAAACAAGUUUCCAGCUGGACCUGCUGCAGGCGGAGCCACGCUGUGUGGCAGAAGAAAAGCAGGGCCUACAGGAGCGUACAGGACCCCGCUACCACCUACCACCUACCUUCCCCAUUGCCUCUGUGCCCUGUAAACCAGGUGGUCCCAUCCCCCGAGUUGCCAUCUUGCGAGAAGAGGGCAGUAAUGGAGACCGAGAGAUGGCUGAUGCCUUUCACUUGGCUGGAUUUGAGGUGUGGGAUGUGACCAUGCAGGAUCUAUGCUCUGGGGCCAUCGGGCUGGACACAUUCCGAGGUGUGGCCUUUGUGGGUGGCUUCAGCUACGCAGAUGUUCUGGGCUCUGCCAAAGGUUGGGCAGCUGCAGUGACCUUUAAUCCACGGGCCAGGGAAGAGCUGGGACGCUUCCGCAGGCGGCCAGACACCUUCAGCCUUGGAGUGUGUAAUGGCUGUCAGCUGCUGGCUCUUCUGGGCUGGGUGGGAGGUAACCCCCGUGAAGAGGAAGAGGAGCCAAGCCAGGUCUCCCAACCAGCACGGCCUGGCCUCCUGCUCCGCCACAAUCUAUCUGGGCGGUAUGAGUCCCGAUGGGCCACUGUGCGUGUGGAGCCCGGGCCGGCCCUGAUGCUUCGAGGGAUGGAAGGCUCUGUGCUGCCUGUGUGGAGUGCUCAUGGGGAAGGUUACAUGGCAUUUUCUUCUCCUAAACUUCAAGCCGAGGUUGAGGCCAGGGGCUUGGUUCCUCUGCACUGGGCAGAUGAUGAUGGGAACCCCACAGAGAAGUACCCCUUGAACCCCAAUGGAUCUCCAGGGGGCAUAGCUGGCGUCUGCUCCCAAGAUGGUCGUCAUCUGGCACUCAUGCCACACCCUGAGCGGGCUGUGAGACCUUGGCAGUGGGCUUGGCGGCCCUCUCCCUUUGAUGCUCUUGCUACCUCCCCGUGGCUGCAGCUCUUCGUCAACGCUUGGAACUGGACCCAGGAAGACAAGUGCUGAGGAGGCUUCAUGAUCACCCCGUACACAGCUCAUCCUUGGAGUCUGCUGCCCCUUUCCCCAUUGCUUUCCGGAGUAUCCCCACCUGACUUCCAGAAGUGUCUGGGACAGACAAGAACCAAAUGCUGGAGACAUCUCUUUGGCUGCAUUGCCCGCUUUAGCUUUGCCCUUGCAGAAGCUGCUCUGAGUUCUUGAAAUUCACACGAGUCUCUAGCAAGCAGCCUCUGGCUCCAGGGACAGCUGACAGUACAGGGGUGGGCAAACUUCUGACAUUCCUUCCCAGUGAGCAUCGCCAUGCUGUCCCUCAUUCUCUCAUUCUGAGCUCUGAACAGGACUUUAUAUCCCCUUUUCCUUCAUUCUUUGGCUUUGUGUGACAGGCUUUCAUUCUAUAGCACAGGCUGGCCCUGAACUCAAGAUUCUCUAGCUUCAGCCUCCCAAAUGAGUGCCACUGUGCUUGGCACCGGUUUGGGGGAAUGAUGUACCAGCCCCUCCCAAACUCGUUGCUCUUGCCUGAAAAGAGCAGAUUUCUGGAUUCCUUUUCGUACAUGCUCUGCUAGCUGUGAGGAAUUGUUGUUUCUGGCUAUGCCUGCCUCAGAUCACAUUCCUGAACAUUACCUCUAACUCAGCAGCCACCUUAGCGUGGUCGGCACAUUCCAUCCAUUUGGAGUACUGCCAGUUGUCAUUCAUUCUAUUCUUGUUACUUGAUCAGCGAUGGUACCAAGAACUGGUACUGCCCCAAUGGAGUUUAUAGUUGUGAUAGCAUUUAAAUAAUAGCCAAGUUAAGUAAACACUGGGUAAUUUAUGUAUCUGAAUCCUCAUAAAAAUUAAGAAAGAUGCCUGAGAGGUGUUUUCCAGUUAACAAAGGAAAGUUUAGCGGUAAAGCAUACCUGCUUCUGAUCAUGGUGUGCUCAUGAGUCACAUUUCCUGGAAGUAACUGUUCCUGCUGACAGCUAUCUCCCAUCAUUCCUUGCUUCCUUCCCACAACAACUGUAUUCAUAAGUCACCUAUGAAGUUCUACAUAAUGAUUAAAGGACUUUUCCUAUAAAAACAGA